GCGAGCGCUGCUGCCGAGACGCGAGCGCGAGGAGCCGCGGCGGCGGGCCGCGACGACAGUUGGGGGCGAGCGAGAGAGGCGUGCGGGCGAACGCGUGCGAGAGGUGAGGUGAGUUCGCGUUUGCGGCAAGUCGCGCGAUCGCGAGUUCGGUGCGUGCACACAUCGGCUCGCGUACAUAUAUAUAUGUAUAUAUACAUGCCCGUCUCGGCUGCGGACGGCGCGCCCGUCGGCGACAGGUCGAGCGGCGCGGCGGACGGCUCGCGACUCUGGCCGAUCGGCUGGCUGAACAUGAUGCGCGCCUGCGACGACACGUUCGACGCGCGACUGGAGAGGUUCAAAGCGGCGACGGCGACGGCGACGAACGGUGCCGUCGCGACGGCGGCGUCGGGGCACGGGGACGCGAUAACGGACGACGACGACGACGACGACGAUGACGACGACGACGACGACGAGGAGGAGGGAGCCGAGGGACAGCUGUCUAUGCUGUGCGCGGCGAACAGCUGUUCGUCCUGCAAGCCUGCGUGUCGCACGUCAGAAAUGGCGCAAGAGCACCACGGCCCGUCCUGGGACAACCUGCCCACCGUUAUCUUGCAGGAGAUAUUCUCGUAUCUGUCGCACGAGACCAGAAUAAGAGCCUCCCAGGUGUGCAGACACUGGAGAAGUACCUUGUUCCACCCAAAUUUUUGGAAGAAAAUCACUUUUGUGUUCAGAGACCAGGACAGCGUCAUGUGGGCCCGAUUCCUGGCAAAUCGCUUCGCUCUGAGCGUGCACGAGGCUACGAUUCGCUGGGAUAUACCUAGAUACGUCAAUUGCGUGGGCGAGACGUACAGGCUCCUGCAGAAAUUAGGUCACAAUAGGCAGUUGCGCAAGUUGUUCUUGGAGUUCAACAGCAACACCUGCGGCAACGAGGACGACAGCAACUUUUUCCGGAGCAAGAGUUCCAAGUCGCUGGUGAAAUCCUUGGUGAAUAUCAUCGAAACUUCCAAUCGUCUGGAGACCCUGAGCCUGGGAUGCAGGGAGGAGCUGAUAAAUCUGCCCGCGCUCUUGGAGCCCCUCCGUCUCCAUCACUCCAAGCACCUGACGCACCUCAGUCUGGCAUCCGUCAAGGACGAUCCCGACUACUACGAGAUCCUGGAGCUCGACAACUCUAUUUUUAAUUCGUUUAUCAGAUUGUCUAUCUUGACUCUGGAUUACGAGUAUGUCAGCGAUACUCUGUUGGGAGCGUUAGAUAACGGAUGUAUGCAGAGGCUUGUGAUUCACAUACACGGCUGGAAGGAGGAUUAUCCGGGAACGACAAAUAUGGCCUGGCAAAUGUUCGUUCAGAAAAACCCGCAGUGUGAAUUAAGGCUCAAUCUUAUACACUCUUACGCCGGCGUUAAGGUUUUGGACACCGACAUAUUCUGCCCCGCCAUGCCACUGACACACCUGCAAGUUCUGUUCUGUGAGAAUAUUAAUAUCAGAGCGCUGCAUCGAUUAUCAAUGUGGUACACGCACACGCUGAAAUCGCUAACAUGGAUAGACUCGAUAGAUCGCAAGCAGCACGUACCGUCUACAUUCGAUCCGAACGAUCCUACCGAUCCAGACUCUUUGGUGUUGGUGGCAUGGAAGUGCACGAAACUUACGAAGAUGGUGUUCCUGGGUCACAAGUAUUACCAGGAGAAUCUGUUGGCCAUCGUGCGUCUCAGAGGCAGCAGUCUUAAAUUGUUGGUAUUCGCGAAGAGUGACAUUACAUCUGAAUUCCUGUGGUUCCGAGAUCACGCUGAAACCAUCAGACGUGAAAUUCGAGACAUAAUGGGUCCACAUUGGAUGUCGUUGAGUGAUUCGGACCUGCCAAUGGUAAUACUGGAUCCUUUCAAGGGCGACAGCAGAGAAGUGAUUAUGCCAUUGGUUCUUAGCGAUCAAAAGUAAUUGUCGACCGAAGCCAAGGAAAAUCUCUAUCCAGCGUGAAGCCACAUUUCCGGGCCACCGAUAAUUCUCUGAAGUAAUGUUAUCAGAUCACACCUUUUAUUCUUCUACGAGAUUUUUUUUGAACGAGGGCGAAACAUCGAACACGCGCUACAAGUUCGAAAUCUCGUUGUCAACGGCGUUGUCGUUUUCCGAGUUGGGAAUUCUGGGCGCAAUGUGCGCGAACACAGAGAGAUAAACGCGCGCGCGCAACACAUACACGCAUACAAACAUCGUAACUUUCUCCUCAUUUACGAUACUUCUAUCGGUAUUUCAUUAUAUGAAUGUGAUAAAUUGUAGUCAAACUAGAUCUACUUUCGACUUGAUGAUACAUCGGGUGCAAAUUACAACACAUUUGCAAACAAUGAGGCGAUCUUCUCGACCGAGUGACGGUCUUCGGUGAUUUAUAUGCACCUAUAGUUUUCUUCUUACGGAAAACCAUGAGUCGCGCUUUGAUGUUGACAAAGCGACGUAGAAGCGCGUGAUCACGAACGUGUAUUACCGCACUAAGGGCGAUACACGUCGCCCCCUCUCGCCUAUUGAGUCGAUAUCGCCAGAGGAAAAGAGCCAGAGUACAUUUUAUAUAACUACGUUUAUUAUUCUGGUCAAAGAGCGCGGCACAUCGAAACGACGUGGCCGAGAACAAGAUCGCGGAUGUGUCGUGAAUAUUGUAAGGGAUGUACAAUACGAGGCGCAGCGCGCAGCUGGAGCGAGAGGAUACGAGCGAUCGGCGUCCAGCGGAAGAAAAAAAAGAGAGAGAGAGAAAAAGCGCGCAGCGCACAGGAGAGAUAAGGAGGGAGGUUCGGAUCUCGUGAUCUUCCACUGGAAAGAAUAACAAAAUUCCAAACGUAUGUAAGUAGAAAUAUGCGUUUAACAACAUAUUUUUCCAAUUCUCUGGGAAGUUAGGUGAUAGCGAGCGCCAAGAGCAUGACGUGCGAGAGUAAAAUAUCUAGUAAGACUUCGCGAAGAGUUCGUCGGACGAGCGGCGCGGGAGCAUUGAGGAGUCUCUCGAGGACGAAAGGAGAACAAAGUAGAGAGCACGAAGUCAAUAACGGCGAUCCGAGGUUAUUUUUAAUACCAAGACCAAUCGGACGCUUUUGUACAAAUGUUAACGUAGCGCGCACCGGAGUGGGCGCGGUCCGCUCGACGGGAUACAAGUAAUGCACGGCCGCGAGCGAAAACGAGACGCAAGAUGGGACGAAGAAACAGUACGUCGCUCGGCAUAUUAUCCGCACCUGUCCACGUAUAACUUUCGACAGGCGAUAACGAGUUAGCGAUUGAACAAGUAACAUAAACAAAUAUAUAUAUAUAUAUAUAUAUAUAUAUAUAUAUAUUUAACCGUCUAUACUCAUCGUGCUCUUAGCGACCGCUGAUGACGAACACACGAAUAUAGGUAUAUCUGUAAAAUCGGAGUUAUUAUCCGCUAAUCGUAUAUGUAUGUAUAUUGUAUGUAUAACUGUAUUAUCUGUCGAACUUAAACACGUCAGCAUCCGGACGCAGCGCGCAUCUAUUUCUGUCGUGCGAUUAACAAUGACGAUUCUGAGAGCGUGUUUAAAAGAGAGAAAGAGAAUGCGAGAGAGAGAGAGAAAGCUAUUCGUAACAAAGAAAAUACCAAAAUGCAACCGUAUAUGCCGUAUAUACACACAGUUUACUAUUCCGAGAGGUUAUUUACUUUUUUUCGAGCCCUUGUAUAAUUAUAUUACAUUACCGUGUAUCGUAACUCGUAGUCACACGUGUAUUAAUAUUGGUUUUUGUAUGUGGUGUUCUGUACAUACACGUCUCUCCAUGCGUUCGAGACACCGGAUACACGCGCGAACAACACGCCGGGAGUUGCGUGCGGAAAGACACACGAGGGUGCGAAAGGGGGUGAAAAGCGGGAGAGAUGAGGGAGGCACAAAAGGGCGAGACAAUGCGUUUCUUUUUCGACGUACGAUCAGCUGCUAUACAAGAUGAACGGGCCUUAACAUGUACCUGAGUCGCGGGAAAGGGUAAAUCCGCUGAGAAAUCUGUCGCGCGACAUCCACCAUAGAGAGAUAGCCAGAGAGUUAAAAAGAAAACACCUUACAACGGCCGCCGUCCUCGCGAGCGUGCGGGGCGAUAGGAAUUGUGUGCACACGCGCCCACGUUCGCCCGGGACCGCGGCCAGGAGCUUUAAGGUAUAUCACACUCGUGCCCUUUCAUUUCGUAUUCCGCGCGUGUAUAUUUUUACAUCAGACGUGAGAAAGGGGGAGAAGUCUGACGCGAGACGAGAGAAAGAGAGAGAGAGAGAGAAGCCGUGGACCCCCGUGGAGGGUCCCCGAGAGAGAGAGAGUCGUAACUAUUUACCGUACGAAAACGCGGACGUGAUCGACUAACGCUCGUCCCCGCGACCGCCGAUGCCACGGGACGAAGACUUUACGAGAUAAUUUUACGUUUCUUCUCGUUUUUCCUUCGAACGAACGAAAAUUCCGUGUGAGGAGGAGAAGAAAGAAAAACUAUAUGCGGGGACGCGGUGCCCAGCGUGUGAGUGUGAUAAAUGAGCGAGCGAGAGAGAGAGAGAGUAUAAAGUGUGAGAGCAAAAACCAUGCGACAAUGUACGCGAGAGAGCAAGCGUUUAAUAGCGUGCGAAUAGAGAGACGAAGGGAGAUUAUUCGAGAGCGCGGAGCGAGAUGAUACGCGUUUGAAUGUACUAACGGAUAUCGUAGAAAAAACAAACAAACAAAUCAAGUGAUAUGAUAGUACCAUCUCUGCGAGUCCUCUGUAAUAAAGUAAAAAUAUCGUGUGUGUAGAAAAGGCGGCGGUGCAGCCGCUCGACGCGGGCACAACGCAACACUAAUGUAACCACGUGUCGCCAGCGCGUGGAUAACGAUUAAAAAAACCACACAAGCAUAAGACUGAACCUGCCGGAGGGAGGUGUAAUACAACAAGUCGAGCCGGGUUGCACGCCGCCGCCGCCGCCGCGCGUUGCCAUAUUCAUAAGAAGCGGCAGGAUGGAAAGCACAUCCGAUCGAAAAAGAAAGAAAGAGAGAGAGAGAGAGAGAGAACAAAAAUUGUCGCCGCUCCGAGUCUUGAACGCGGUAUAAGCCGAUCUUUCCUCACGGCGUUCGCCGCCGCGGCCUUUCCUUCCACGUUGCUUUCCACCUCGGCCUGGCCCUAAGUCUCGCGCGUCGCCGUCUUGCGACCGAGCGAGCGCGAAAAAAUAUAUAUUUAUGAAUAUGCGCGCCGCGAAAGCGAAACAAAAACAAAACAAGGGGGGGGAUGGUGCACAAGCUAGCGUUUUUAGAUCGGAACAAAAGCCCUGAGAGGAGCUCACUCGACGGCGGUUCUCGUAGAAGCCGAUAAUGUAAACUAAACCCUUAAAAGCAGCCUGCCAAGAAUCAAAAUACUGUAAAAUAUCAAACGAAACGCUAGCCAGUACAGAAUGCUAAGAUCUAUUUUUUAAGAAGCGAAUGUAUAUUUUUGUACUAAGGCAGGCCUUAGCGUGUGAUCGUGUCUUCUUGCGCAUAAAUGGCGGAGACGAGAGCUGUGAUUGUAACGUGUUGGCUGUACACGAGGCACGAGAGAAGGGGUGGCGGAUCAAUCACACGGGGGGAAAAUGUGUAAUCGUCGAAGGCGUAAUCAUACAUAGUAUGCGAACAGCGCGGGGAACACGACACGAGGAUCCCUGAUCGAUUGUUACCGAGUGAGCUGUAGGUAUAGGCAGGGCGUUACAAAAUCGAGAAUAAAACAUCUGUGAUAAAGUAGAAAAAUCUUACAAGCGUGUUCGAGGGUGGCUGAAGAUCGGCGAGUGUCGGUAGAGAAUAAGGGGGGGAAAAAAGAGGGAACUGCGAAGGACCGGAGAUUCGCGAGAUAAGAUGAGCGAUUUCUUCGACACUUGAAAAAAAA